AUGUAUAGCUUAAAAUUCACGAAUAUUCUACCUAUUUUAGAUCAAAUGGGCAGUUAUUAUUGCUCCGUAUUGCUUAUCAUCUUUUAUUGUUCAUUCUCAUUAGCCAAUAUCGAUUCGUCGUAUCGUGAUUUGUUAGAAAAGUUCAUAAAUAAUUCCACAACCUUGGAUAAAUUUUACAAAAGUUUAACUGAAAAAUUAAAGCAUUAUCGUACGACCGAUGCUUUAAACAAAACAAUCAAUCUAUCUGUCAUACAAUCCAAUACGUAUGACGAGAAUUACUUGCGUACAUCUUGUUAUAAAAGUGGAGAAGAUCUUCUCGUUGCACAUGGUUACAAUGUGAAAAAUGGGAAUAAUUUAGAUUUAAAUAUUGAUGACACAGCGGCAUUGCUACCGUCAAUACUCUAUAGUGUAAUUAAUCCUGGUUGCGACAGACUACCAGCACCAAAACAGCGAGCAUCAACGCUGGAUGUGUGGCUUCUUGGUUUCCUGGUACUAUUCGGAACAAAAAUCAUUCACCUUAUCCUAUUAUUUUUCUUACCAAAACGAACAGUUGAAAAUCAGCAUGAUGAUGAUAUUACAAACAAUAAACAUAAGAAUGCUGAAUAUUCGUCAAAACUGAAGUUCAUUCAUAAUUUAUGCUUUCGUUUAGCAUUUAAUGCAUUUAUUGUUGGCCUAAUGUUAGGCACCAUUGUUUAUCAUUUACUACCACAAAUUUAUGAUGUACCAAAUGAAGAUUACAAAUACGAAUAUCUUGCUCGAGCAACUGUUGUAUUUUUUGGUGUUUAUCUAUUCUUUAUUGUUGAAAAAUUAUUACGUUUACGAUUUAAAGUAGAUGAACCAGAUCAUCCUCCUUUACCGGUACCAGUAACGCCAGAGAUGACAUUUGAUCUGGUGACAAAUGAUUCUGAUGAACAACCAGAAGCAGCCAUGCUUCAUCAAAUGGCUAAAAUGCAUGGAACUUUACAUAUAAGCGAUAGUCGAAUAGCUGAUGAGAUAAAUGAUGAUGAUCAUCAUCAUUCAUCGCCUACAUUUCCAACGAAUCAAAAAACGAUCGAUAAAAACAACAUUGAUAACGGUUUAAACAACACAUCAAAGAAUGUUAUUAUACGUCCACAAAAGACAGCCAAAUUAAUCAAUGAUAUAAAAUCAAGUGAGGAUGAAAUUGAUAAUCAUUAUCAUUCAACUCAUCAAGGAAAUACCAGAGCGAAACAAUCAUCUUAUAUUAUAACUGAUUUUAUUAAUGAUUUUAUUUAUGGUUUUGGAUUAUGUGCUGCAUUUUCACAUCAUAGACUCAUUGGUUUCUGUCUAUGGCUUGUUAUAUUAACAGAAGGUUUUAAUAGAAAUUCUCAUCCUCUUCUCACACUUGGUUUUAAGCGAGGCUAUCCUGUCGUUUUGAUAUCCGUCAUUCCGGAAUUGAAUGAACUUGGUCUACAAUUAGAACUUUUUCAAAAAACAUCGACAAAAAAAAUUCCAUCUAAUAGAACAAUUAAGCUUCAACGUGCACAAAAUCCAAUCAGUUUUAAGACAUUCGAAAUAAAUAAUACUUUUCUUGACAAAAGUUGUUUUAAAUCGAGCAACGAUUUGCUUGAUGCGUUUAAUAUACAAUCGAAUACAUUAUUUAGUCAAUAUGAUAUUAGACGAUUGUUACCUGCAUUGGCAAACGUAAAAUUUAAUGUCGGUUGUUAUAAACCAGAAGGGAAAACAGUGUGGCGUAAUAUUGUGAUUGGUACUUUUAUUGUAACAAUAAUUAAUUUAUCAGCAUUAUGUGGUGCAAUUAUACUUCCAUGGCGAAAAAAACGUUCAUUCAAAUGGAUUUUAAGUGCUUUUAUUGGCUUAGCUGUUGGAACAUUAACGGGAUCUGGAAUAUUUCAUCUUAUCCCAAUGGCUUUCGAUAUUCCUGACGUUGAUAUUCAUCAUUCUUACUUGAAUAAAGCAUUGUUAACAAUGAUAGUCAUUUAUUUAUUUUAUAUGCGUGAUGAAUUAUUAAAAAUAUUUUUCAAUAUUAAAACGAUUGUUGGAAGUCAUAGUCAUGGUGAAGAACUUAAUGAAACACACUUAGAUUCAAAUUCUGCUCUUGCUGCUGUUCCACUAUCUCCAAAUGAACUAUUAAAUAAUGAACCUGUAUUACAGAAAAAUAACACAAAUGGUUUAUUGGUUAAUUUAAAAAAAAUGAGACCAGCGGGAUGGAUGAUAUUUAUUGGGGAUAUGCUGCAUAAUUUUAUUGAUGGAUUAACACUCGGCGCAGCAUUUAUGGUUUCGACCGGUGAAGGUCUCAGAUUGUCCUUGCCCAUUGCGUGUGAAGAAUUUCCACAUGAACUUGCUGUGUUACUAUCGUCUGGUUUAACAAUUGGACAAGCAUUAAUAAUGAAUUUUUUAUCAGCAUGCAGUUGUUAUUUAGGCUUUUUUAUUGGUGCAACAUUAGGAGAAUUAACUCAAAUCCAUCCGUGGAUCUAUGCAUUAGCUGGUGGGAUGUUUGUUUACAUUGGCUUAGCAGAUAUGGUAAAUGACAAAGAAUGUUAUUGA